ACAUUUUUUACAAAACACACAAAACUCUUGUUCACUCUCUUACACCUUUCCCCGAGUUCCGACAAUGGCUUCAGCAUCAGCGACAGCCACUCUUCUCAAGCCCACUCCUCUUCCACCCCAUAAACCGAUCAUCACCGCCUCCGUAUCUCCUCCUCCACGUCGCAACAACCUCCUCCGCCGAGAUUUGCUCUCCUUAUCCGCCGCAUCGACGCUUCUUCUAACGCAAUCUCUCCCGUUUCUAGCUCCGCCGGCGGCAUCCGCCGCCGAGGACGAAGAGUACGUGAAAGAUACGUCGGCGGUGAUCUCCAAAGUUCGGACGACGCUCUCGAUGGAGAGGACAGAUCCGAAUGUGGCGGAUGCGGUGGCGGAGCUGAGAGAAGUGUCGAACUCGUGGGUUGCGAAGUACAGGAAAGAGAAAGCUCUUCUCGGGAAAGCGUCGUUCAGGGAUAUUUACUCGGCGUUGAAUGCAGUGUCUGGACAUUAUGUGAGUUUUGGUCCGACGGCUCCGAUCCCGGCGAAGAGGAAGGCGAGGAUUCUUGAAGAGAUGGAGACUGCUGAGAAAGCUCUCUCUAGAGGAAGAUAAAUUUACAGUGAGACCUAACCAUUUCUUCUUCUUCUUCUCCAGUUCCUUGUUGGUGAAGUUUUCUUUGUACCUUUAAAUGCUUAUAUGAGAAGAGAAACUUGAAAUUGCUCGUUUGUUUUUGUAAAAUACUUCAUGAUAAUUUACGUAAUUAUCAUUUACAAUAACGAAUUCCAUUUUCUAA